GCGCUGCAUGGCGCGGCGGGCGGGGAGCCCCCAGCCGCGCGUCCGCAGGCCGCCAGCCCGGCGCCGGGCCCCGCCGCCAUGCCGAGGCACGGCCACGCACCCCCGCUGCCGCCGGGGAAGGUGACCAGCUGCCCUGCUGUGUGCUGACAUGAUGACAGCUAGCAAGGUGGCCGAAGUGAGCAGCAAGUCUGAAAACAGUGUCUGCAAGUCUGUUGACAGGAUCAAGCUUGCAGAUACAAACAAUACAGCAGCUGUGAAAGAAUUAGAAAGACCUUUAUGUGGAUUUUUGAGUGAGAGGUGUUCUGGAGGUGCCUCUGUCACCCUGGGUUUAACAUCUGAAGCUGAACCAGUUUCUUCUGUGGUGAAGAACCCACUGGGAGCUUUGGAGAACUUGAUGCUGGAUCCGAGGAUAGACUGCUUCCAGCAGAACAUGCUUAGUCCCAAAAUGAUCAUCAGUGACCCAUCUGUGGAUCUGAAUGUUAAAGAAAACAGUAAAAUCAUCAGGAGACAGAUAGGAGGCACACAGAAUAUACAGUCACCUGGAAAAAUUGGCUUGAGGAAUAAGUCCUUCAGCAUCAAGGACAAAAUAUCAGAAUGGGAAGGGAAAAAGGAAAUGCAAUCUGCUCCUCGCAGGGAGGAGGAGCAAGGACUUAAAGAGGAGCAAAAGGUGCCCUGUGUAACGGAGAAGACAAGUGGGGAAGCACUGGUGACUGGGAAAGUGGAGACGAAGAGACUUACAAACUGGGAACUGGAGUGCAAAGGGGCAGGCAAAGAGAAUGAGUGGAAAGCAGGAACUCUCAAAGGCGCAGGGCAGGCAGCAGAGCGGAAGGGGGAAGCGCGGAAGGUUGAGGAAGUGGAGUCCAGCCCUGGAAAAUGCAAGGAGGUGAAAGGUGGGAAGUGGGAGGUCCAUAAGGAGAAUCUUUCAGUGCUUAGUCAGGUCAAGAAGCUGGAGCAGGCUUUGAAAGAUGGCUCAGCAGAGCUGCAGCCACAGUUGCCCGGUACGUACUAUUCCCCCCAGUGCUUGCAGGAGAAGGUAGCACAGGGACACACUGCUUCCGAGGGCCAUGAGAGCAUAUGUGGGAGUGAGCUUAAUAAAAGGCUUCUUGGCUUAGACUCUGAAAUCAGUGAGCCAAUUUUUGGGACUCUAGAAGAGGUAAGAACUUUUCAUGCAAAAUCUAAGGACUGCACGGUGGAGAAUGUGUACACAGAGCCAGGGGUGCCAGAGAAGAAACCUUUUAUCAACCCGCUGCCAAAGCCCCGGCGGACUUUCAAACAUGAAGGGGAAGAAGACUGGGUGCCAGCAGCUAGGAAUAAAAGAAAUUUACCCCCUCUGCCAUCCAUUCCUCCCCCUCCUCUACCCUCUUCUCCUCCCCCAUCAGCUGUCAGCAGGAGGCUUUGGAGUGGGAAGCACAAGAACAACGCAGACCACAGGAAGUCGUAUGAGUUUGAAGACCUGCUGCAGUCAUCGUCUGAGAACGGCCGGGUGGAUUGGUACGCGCAGACCAAGCUGGCCCUCACACGCACUUUAUCUGAGGAGAACGUCUAUGAAGACAUCCUGGGUAGGAGCUUUGGACAGGACAUACUGGAUCCACCAUCAAAGGAAAACCCUUAUGAAGACAUUGAGACCAACAGCCGCUGUUUGGGGAAGAAAUGUGUCCUGACCUUCCCAGCAUCCCCCACUUCUUCUGUACCCGGGACUCCCACUAAGUUGCUUUCCAAGCCCAUUUUUUUCCGACAAAACUCAGAGCGGCGGAGUUUCAAACUGCCAGACAUACGGAAACUGAGCCGUGAUGGGACUGGGUCACCAUCCAAAAUCAGCCCUCCCUCAACCCCCAGCAGUCCAGAUGACACCUUCUUCUCCUUGGGAGACCCUCAGAACGGGAAGAGGAAAAGGAAGAUUCCCAAGCUUGUGUUGAAAAUCAAUGCCAUUUAUGAGGCACGAAGGGGAAAGAAACGUGUCAAGAGACUGUCGCAGUCUACAGAGAGCAAUUCAGGGAAAGUUACAGAUGAAAACAGUGAAUCAGACAGUGAUUCUGAAGAGAAGCUGAAAGCUCACAGCCAGCGCCUGGUGCACGUGAAAUCUCGCCUGAAGCAAACCCCUCGGUACCAAACCUUGGAACGGGACUUGAUUGAAUAUCAAGAGAGGCAGCUGUUUGAAUACUUUGUCGUGGUGUCACUGCACAAGAAGCAGGCUGGGGCUGCCUACGUCCCUGAGGUUACCCAGCAGUUCCCAUUGAAGCUCGAGCGCUCGUUCAAAUUCAUGCGCGAGGCAGAAGAUCAGUUGAAAGCUAUUCCCCAGUUCUGCUUCCCUGAUGCAAAGGACUGGGCCCCCAUCCAUCAGUUUGCCAGUGAGACAUUCUCAUUUGUCCUGACGGGGGAAGAUGGAAGCAGGCGAUUUGGAUACUGUAGGAGGCUGCUGCCCAGUGGGAAAGGGAAGCGCCUCCCAGAAGUUUACUGCAUUGUGAGUCGUCUUGGAUGCUUCAAUCUCUUCUCUAAGAUCUUGGAUGAGGUUGAGAAGAGACGGGGCAUUUCCCCUGCCUUGGUGCAGCCUCUCAUGAGGAGUGUCAUGGAGGCACCUUUUCCAGCUUUGGGCCGGACAAUAACAGUCAAGAACUUCUUGCCAGGCUCAGGAACAGAGGUCAUCGAACUGCGGCGGCCUCUUGACUCCAGGCUUGAGCAUGUUGAUUUUGAGUCCUUAUUCACAUCCCUCAGCGUGCGGCACCUGAGCAGAGUCUUCGCCUCCCUGCUUCUGGAAAGGAGGGUGAUCUUUGUCGCAGACAAGCUCAGCACUCUCUCCAAGUGCUGCCAUGCCACGGUGGCCCUCCUGUACCCCUUCACCUGGCAGCACACCUACAUCCCUGUGCUGCCACCUUCCAUGAUCGACAUUGUGUGCUCGCCCACCCCCUUCCUCAUCGGCCUGCUCUCCAGCUCCCUGCCCCGCCUGAAGGAGCUCCCAGUGGAGGAGGUCCUCGUUGUUGACCUUGUAAAUAACCGGUUUCUGAGACAGAUGGAAGAUGAGGACUCCAUCCUUCCCCGCAAGCUGCAGGCCGCCCUGGAGCACAUCUUGGAGCAGAGGAACGAGCUGGCAAGCGACAAAGAGGAGGGCCCUGUCAAUGGCAAGCAGGAGACCAGCCCUUUGAAUGAGGUGGUGUCCGAGGCCUUUGUGCGUUUCUUUGUGGAGAUUGUGGGCCACUACUCCCUCUUCCUGACCCCGACCGAGCGAGAGGAGCGGACCCUGCAGCGUGAAGCUUUCCGCAAGUCUGUCUCCUCCAAGAGCCUCCGACGCUUCCUCGAGGUCUUCAUGGAGACGCAGAUGUUUGGGGGUUUCAUUCAGGAGCGGGAGCUGCGGAAGCAGGGGAUCAGAGGUCUGUUUGAGGUACGGGCUCAGGAGUACCUGGAAACUCUUCCCAGUGGGGAGCAGAGUGGAGUCAAUAGGUUCCUGAAAGGCCUUGGCAGCAAAAUGAAAUUCCUCCACAAAAAGUAGAAGCGAAGCACAUCCUUGUUCCAUAGAAGAGAAUGGCUUUACCAUUUAACAGCAAUAAAUCAGACUAUUAUCAACCAUUCCCAUUCAGCCUGCUUCCAGGAGCCAACAGCCUUGGGUGUGCUGACCACGUCUGGGAUGCACUCCCACUGGUGUCUGGUGCCACAGGAAGAUUUGAUGGCUGCUGGGCUGCCAGGACAGACUUCUGGAUAUCUACAGUACCAUGCACUGGACCAAGCACUCUCUGAACUCUGCACUAGCACGUUGCAGGCAUCCCAGCAGAUUGGAUCUCAUAGCUAGUCAACUCUUUGUUUUGUUGUAUUUUUCUAUUUAUAUUUGGGUUAGAACAAUUAUUAACCGAUGACUCUUGCCCUGCCUCCUCUCUCCAAUUGGUGCUGCAGGAAGCCAAAGCAGGACUCCCAGGGGACUGAGCAGGAAAAGCUCAGGCACAGAGUAGAGGAGGAACAGAGACGAAUGGAAAUAGGUCUGUGCAAAGCGAGGACACUGAGGGCUGCAAGGAUAAUGUGGACUGACCAGGAGGGACUUCCAAGCAAGGGAGAAGGGUGAGAGGGAACCACUAAAUCUACUGAGGACUUGAUAGGCCAGCCAGCUUCCUGGGUGGCUGUGCCAGGGAGUCCUGGCAUGAGGAGAGGCCUUUUUUUACACAGUGUAAUUAAAAGUGAGUGGUGUAAAA